AUGGACCCGAUGGCCGUCCGGUCCAGCAGGGGGACCCUCCGGCCACUGCUAAAAAUGCAAGCUUCAACUGCCUCAACAGGGAUCAACACGACAGCAAUCACCGUCACCAAGUCUCAAGAACAAAUCCUCAUCCAAAGUUCAGGGGCCAUGAUUGCCAUAAUUGUCAUUGGCAUCAUACUUAUUCUCACUGUUCUUUUGAUCGUUCUUAAAACAUACAACCGGUGCACACAUGCCUCCAGAGUGCUCGGCUCGUCCACCAAACCUCGGCCCAAGAUGUCGCAGUCCACGGCAAGGAGCAACUUGCCCCUGACCCCCAUGGGCGUCAACUCUGUGUCGGGCAGCAUCUCCGUCUCCGAGAACGGAUUCAGGGUCCCUAGCAUGGAGCUGGGAAGCCAGGAUGAGGGCUCCCAGGGGCCCUCAGAGAACAGCUUCAGACUGCCCCGCGUGGAGCUCAGUAGUGUGGACGAGACUAUGGAGAAUUUAGAGCAAUCCAGCGCUGCGUCCACUGAAGUGACCAUUCACGAACUGCCAGUCAUGGAGAAUACAUAA